AUGUUUCCGGAAUCUAGAGAUAAUUUAUAUUGUGAAACUUAUAAUUCCUGUAAUACAAGUUUCUUUUCUGAAACUCCAGUUAUUUGUAAAAGUAACAAGUUUUGUCAAGUUGUAGAAACUGAUACAGUUGAAUUCAAAAAGAAAUUAGUCAAUAAGAAAAUUGAUAGAAGAUUAAAAGAAAUUCAGAAAAGCAGACAGAAUAUUAGAAUGAUCAAUGAUAAUUUAAAAAUAGAAGAAAUACAGUUACAGAAUCAGCUCAGAACUUUGGUGAAUCAAAGUACAAAUAAUUUUACUAGCACAGUUACUAAUCCAGAAAUGGUACCAAGUACCAAUAAUUUUGCUACAGUUAUUGAUUCAGAAACAGUACCAAAAACAGUUUCAAGUACCACUAAUUUUACAAGAUUUUGUGAUCCAGAAACAGUACCAAGUAGCAAUAAUUUUACCAGAUUAUAUGAUCCAGAAACAGUACCAAGUAAAACUAAUUUUACCAGAUUUUGUGAUCCAGAAACAGUACAAAGUACCAAUAAUUUUACCAGAUUUUGUGUGAGUCGUACAGUAUCUUAUCAUCAUGGUAAAAAAUAUUGUGUUUUACCGGUAACAGAAAUAAAUGAUGCUGAUGAUAAUGAUGAUAAGGCUGAUGAUGAUAAUGAUGUUUUACAGACUAGAUUUAUCAAUGGUUUAAAAUCUACACUUUGUUAG